UAGAGGUUCGCGCUAUCUUAUGAGGGCAGUGUGAAAUUUAUGCGAUUCUUGACCUUCCUGGGCCAAUAUUUUGUGUGAUAAUUCAUGUGGUCAAUGCGUUGCGAACAGUGUGCCCUACUGCUGCUAAUGGCUUUUGCCGCCACGGGGGCGCAGUAUGUCGAGCAUCGUUUGAAAUGCGACGCCAACGAGGUGCUAGUUCGGAACUACCUGCCUCGCCUGGACCGCUUCUGCAAGCCGUGGCUCACGUUGGGCACUGAGCUGUUCAUGUACCGCUGGUGCCUGUGCAAGCAAGGCUACGUGCGUAAUGCCUGGGGAGACUGCAUCUCUCACCGCGAAUGCGUCAGCUGCGCCAACGAGCGUCACGCGGAUUUCAACCCCUGCUCUACGACGUGUCCGUUGGUGUGCGGCAAACCCGAACAUCAGAGCUGUACGAAGGAGUGCGAAGUGGGCUGCGCCUGUGCACCAGGUUAUAUACUCGACCCCUGGGGCAAAAUGCCAUGCAUUCCUGCAGCCACGUGCCCACCAGAGUGUCCUCGUUACUCCAGCUUCCAGCUGUGCUCCUCUAACUGUGAGCCCAAGUGUAACGGACCAUUACAAAACAUAUGUGCAAUGACCUGCGACAACGGCUCCUGCGUAUGCUGGCCCGGCUUCUACACAGUGUUCUCCAAUGGCAAGAAACAGUGCGUCCCUCCAAACCAGUGCCCCAGGAGGCAAUAAACGUUGUGUGGACA